UUAAGUCCGAUCAUCAAUGCCGCCAUCAAGCUAUGCUGCUCUGCAGCCCCCAAACGAAGAGGGAGAGAAACCAGUAACCGUACUGGUCACUGGAUUUGGUGUAUGUCAAUAUUUCCCUCCAAUCCCCUGUGUUUUCUCCAAUGCUCUGUAAUCCGGCCCACAUCUCCUAUUGUGCUUCUAACCAGGCACAUUGGAUGCGAUCAUUUGACAGACUAACAUGUAUCCAGCCAUUUUUAGCGAAAGUACCCAAGAACUCUUCCUGGGAUAUCGCUUCUACACUUCCAGCUCUGAUACCAAAGUCACCCAAAAACCAAACUCCGAUCAACAUACACGUUCACCAUGAGCCCAUCCGCGUAGCAUAUAACACUGUCGUCAAUCUCGUUCCCCAGCUUCUUCCACCAGCCAAUCCUCUCUAUCCCUCCCCAGAUAUUGUGCUGCACAUCGGUCUAGCAGCCGGACGAAACUACUUCGCCAUCGAGCAAGGAUCCCACAGUCAUGGGUACGGGAAGAUUCCGGACGUAGACGGCCAACGAUUCGAAGACUCUGCAGCAGAAGAGCAUUUCCCAUCUUCAAAAUACCCACACAAACUAAAGACUAGCUUCGAUACAUCUGACGUCCUUGCGCUCUGGAAAGUGAACUUGGGAAACACAUCUGCCAACGGCACUAAAAACAAUGAAGGAUGCACUGAUGUGCGCAUCAGCACCGAUGCCGGAAACUUCUUGUGCGGCUUCAUCUACUACAACAGCUUGGCGCAUUAUUUUAAUAUCAAGGAGGAUGAGAGACCCGUCAUUUUCCUACAUGUCCCUGAUUUGAGCAGUAGUGAGGAUAAGCUAAAGGAAGGAUGGGAAACUACAGUCGCUUUGAUCAAAGCGCUAGUCGAGAGUAGACAGAAAUCAGGCGGCAAGGUCGUCGAUGGGGACAAGAAGGAUGGAGAACUGGAGAAUGGCAAAAAGGAAGAGCGGACGGACAAUAAUUUUGUAUAAACGGAUCAGGCUCCAGCACAAAGAUCAGAAAGGGGGGGGACAAACCAAUCCUUCAUCCUAGAUUGGUUAGAACAGGACGCCCUUUUUGAGCCCCGCAUCAUCCUUAGACGUAAGCAUAGGGGCUCUCUAAUUGGUUGAAUAUCAUAUAUACAUAGCCGUUGAGCAAGUUGACACUCGCGACAGAUACUCUACAUAGACGGCCACUGUGAGUCACAGGAAAAUGGGCGUCAAUACUGAUAAGCCAAGUCUUGGCCAACACAAGGGUCAGUAGUAUAUGAUAAUGAUGC